GACACAGAGAGAGUGAGAGAGAAAGGGGGAGGUCUUCCCAGUCAGUCUGAAUCUCUCUCAGCCUACACAAUCUCCCAACACAACCUCAGGCUCAGUGAUGUUGAAUACGCUGUGAGAGUGAGCUCUACCUUCCUUGCGUGCUCCGCUUUCACCUGCUCGAGGACACACACAGCACACACACUUGACCAUCAUGGAGGAGGCUGACCUGCUGAAGGAGAGGCUCCAGGCGAUAACGGACAAAAGAAGAAUCCAGGAGAACAUCGCAAAGAAACGGAGACAGAUUGAAGAGGAGAAAUUAAAACUCCAGUACAUAAAGAAGAAAGCCCUGAGGGAGCAGUGGCUGAUGGAUGGUCUGAGUCAGCAGUCGGAGGAGGAACAGGAAGCCAUGAGGCUUCAGGCUCAGGACGUACAGCAGCAGAGUGAUGAGCUGCAGAGCAACAUCCUCAGAAUAGAAAAGGAGAUUGAGGCCUUGGAAACACAGGAGCUCGUCAUCUCUGCCAACGAAGAAGUCGUUCUGAAACAGUUGAAAGAGGUGGAGAAGACGGCUGAGGACAUCAUCAAGGAGCUAAACGCAGAGUUCCAGCCAGAUGUGACACAUCAUGACCCCUUGUCACUCCCAGAUAUCCCAUCAUGCAUCCUGCUGACACCAAAAAAACCUCCUACACAUGAGCUUGCUAGUGAAGCACCAAAGAAAGCUACAUUUGCGAUGGAGAUCAGUGUGGAGCACGAUAAAAGAACAGGCAAAAGUCAGGUGGUCUCUACAGCAACUGUCACCCCAGAAACCAUCCAGGAGAGGGGGUUAAAGGUGUACGAUGAUGGGCACAAGUCUGUAUAUGCACUGCACCCAGAAGGGGGGAAAAUGCCCAGUGGAGCAGUUGGAGAGAUGACGCCCAUGGAGGUAGAGGAGCUGUUGCAUCAGGCCACAGAUAUGAACGUGCCCACUGAGGUGCAGUACCAUCAGCCUGUCUACUCUGUGCCGUAUACGGGGAGCAGCAGGCCUUCAACACCCAGGACACCAAAUAAAACGCAGCGACAAACCCCCACACCCAGCUCCAGCCCCUUUCAGAGCUCAGUCCCAUCGAGAAAUGAAGCUCAGAUCCUUGGGGAGGAAAACCAGCUCAGCCAAGACCUGGACGGAUGGAAAACCCCGAGCCAAACACCCAGCCCCAGCCUCAUCCAACAAGAGUACACAUCAACGGUGCAGAGACUGCGAGAAGAAACCAAGAUGCCCUACUUCCACAUUCCAGGACAGUCCAAAGCUGAGAGGCAUUUCAUUUCACAGCCUCACUUUGCUGUUAAAACUCCACUAAGACUCACCAACAGUGAGACUGAUGUGAGCAGUCCAAGCUCAGCAGCUCUUGUCUCGGUGAAAGCCAGGUCUGAAGGAAUGCCAGAACCCAUUCAGCCUGUCUACAGGGGUGUAGAUAGCUGUAGUCCUUUGCUAGCCAGCCACAAGUCCGUAGUUGAUCCUGAUGCCUUGAUAGAGAGCUCGGGUGAUUUUAACAGACAUUCACCCUUCAGUGCAGAGAGUAUCGCCACUCUGAACCUCGUCAACGCCCUGCCAGAGGAGCUAGAAUCAGAAAGUGUCACCAUGAUCUUCAUGGGCUAUGAAAAUGCCGAGGACGAGGACGAAGAAGACAUCCAAGCUGAGCUAGUGAUCGUAGGCUACAGCGAUGAUGAUAAUGAUGAUGAUGAUAAUGAUGACGAGGCCCAGCAUGGUAGAUAUGAAAGAGAGCAACUGUCAUACCAUCCAGAGGGAUACAAGAGCAAAGUCUUUCAACCCAAGAUGGGUAUAGCCAAGGUUACAGGCUGCAGAGACAUUAUCGAAGACACCUACACAAACCAGGACGACUUAGGGCUCCACAAGCCAACAUUCAUCCACAAGACUAGAAAGCACAGUCACUACCUGCAGGGACAGCGGGGGGAUGAGUCUGCAAACACAGGCAGCAUAAACAUGGAGAUGAAGCUCUGUGCAACAGGAAGAUAAGAUGGAACUUUACCACCUCCUGAGAAAGUGGGUCUUGAAAAGGAAAUGUAAGGAUAGGUGCUUAAUUAAGUGAUUCCUUUCUUGUCCUGCCAUGGCUCAUGGGUUUGAACAUACAAUAGCUGUGUGUAGAUGUGUAGCAUGCUGCCAGUCCAACAUAACGUGCUUCUCAGCUGUUCUCCAGAUGUUUUUCUUAUGCAACAGGAAGGUGACGACUGGUUCCUCUCGUUACAUUUACUGCAGAGAGCCUCGCCUUGCCACAUCUGUGCUUUGUCCUGAUUGAGAACUUGAAUUAUCGCCUGUAUCGCCUAUUGCAGUUGUUUGACUCCGCCCACCAGUCCACCCUGUGGUUGUUUGACUCCGCCCACCAGUCCAGUGUCUCUGACGUUAAAACAUGAUGAUGUCACAGUCAAGCUGACCUUUGACCUUCAUUAUUUUAUCCUGUUAGACAUUUGUGUCAAGUUUGGUCAUGAUUGGCUCAUGAAGUCUUGAGUAAUGUCCAAAAACACGUCUUGUGAUGUCAGGGUGACCUUUGACCUUUGACCACCAAAUUCUAAACAGUUCAUUCUUCAGUCCAAGUGGACGUCUGUGUUGAAUUUGAAGAGCCCUCUCACCAGACAGUCAUUGGCACAGAAAAAGUCAAAG